AGAUCAACAUGGAUGACAACCAGGAUGACCAAUAUAGUUUGUUCCUGGAUCUUCUGUUUCAAACUGCGAACGCCACCGACCCGAACUACGUGGUCAGCAGUCAGGUCAAGCUGUGCGCCAAAAAGACUGUAAAUCAGUUUGGUGCAAAGUUUGUUCCAGUUUUCUAUUACAUCAACUUCCUCCUCAGUUACUUUGGAAACGGUCUGGUUCUACUCAUCAUCUGCAAGUACGAGAAGUUAACCUCGGUGACCAACAUCUUCCUGAUCAACCUGGUGCUCUCUAACUUCCUCUUUGCCUCCAGUUUGCCUUUCUGGGCUGAAUAUCAUUCCUCUGAGUGGAUCUUUGGACAGGCGCUUUGUAAGAUGGUCAGCAGCGCUUACUUCAUAGGCUUCUACAGCUCCAUCCUCUUCCUCACCCUCAUGACCUUUGACCGAUACCUGGCUGUGGUGCACGCCAUCGAAGGAGCCAAGCGAAGAAAAAAGAUGUACGCCAUUGUUUCUUCUGUUGCUGUUUGGUGCAUUAGUAUCGCAGCGAGCGUUAAAGAGUUAGUCCUUCGAAACGUGACGGAGAACUCGCUUUACGGGUUGCUGUGUGAGGAGUCUGGGUUAUCGUCAAGCAUCAUGGCGAGAUGGAGUCUGGUCAGUUACUAUCAGCAGUUCCUGCUCUUCUUCCUGUGCCCUCUGGUCAUGGUCAUGUACUGCUACGCCAGGAUCACCCUGCGCAUCCUCUCCACCCGCAUGAAGGAGAAGUGUCACGCCAUCAAGCUGAUCUUUGUCAUCGUCUUCACCUUUUUCAUCUGCUGGACGCCCUACAAUAUCGUUUGCUUCCUCAAAGCGCUUCAGAUUUCCUCCUCAGAAUCCAACAUGGGAGACGAAAGGUGUUCGGAGGCCCUGGAUUAUGCCUUCUACGUCAGCCGGAACGUCGCCUACCUGUACUGCUGCAUCAGUCCCAUGUUUUACACCUUUCUAGGGAAAAAGUUCCAGAGUCACUUCAACAGACUGGUGGCCAAGAAGAUCCCCUGUCUGUCCCGCCACAUGAGCUUCACCUCCCACAGCACCAGAAGCACGUCACAGUGAACGCCUCACUCUCUGGAUGAAUGAAGACCACAAAGAAAGACCUGCUUAUAGACCUCAAUCUCAUUUGGUCAAAGAUUUAUGCUUAGAAACGCAGCGUUC